GGUUUUGGAAUCUCGCGCUGGUUUUUAUUUUGCAAGAAACGAAAUCGAAAGUAAAAAGUUAUCAGGUGUAGGAUAAAGGCUAUAGCCUACUACGAUCUCGGAGACGAAUGGAGAGAGAAGUGUCUUUCUGUGGCUGGAAAGCUGUUGAAGACCGCAGUAAGUUGUCCGAGAACCAGGAACCGGAGUCUGGCCGUGCAUACACAAUGUUUCACGGAGCACAUUUAAACAACGCCAUGGCUAUCAUUAAUAAAGGAUUUGUACCCUCUAAAGAUGGAAUGCUGGGCGCCGGGGUUUAUGUCAGUCGUAACAUUAAAAAAGCCAUGUGUUACCCUCUCAAUACUGACGUCAACGACAAAGUCGUUUUCAAACUGCGGGUGCGUGUUGGAAAAGUGAAGAAAAUAGACCGUGAUAAUCAUCCUCUCAUGAAAUCGUGGCACAGCGACGGGUACGACUGCGCGUGGGUUCCGCCAAACAGCAAAAUCUCCACCAUCAAGUCCGGUCGCGAGGAGGACUGCGUGUGGGACCCCAGUCGCAUCGAGGUGGUUGACGUGGCGUGCUGUGUGGAUAACGAAAAACGCAGGGAGCUUCGACGGCUGGUUCGCAGUAAAAUGAAAAACAAGGGCUCAGGCUGCUAUCUUUGUCAUCGCGACACUUCUUAUGGAGACCAUGAUAUUCAGCCGUGCUGGGGGUGCAAGAAAGAAAUCUGCUGUUUUCAGGGAAAACACUCGUGCAAAAGCAGAAAGUCCAGAAAAAGAGACUGAAUCUGAAGGCUAACUUCAGAUUAUGAAUGGAUUCCCAGACCUCCUUGAUUUUUUUGACAUCUAGCUAUUUUAGGUUGUAGUAUCCAUAUGAGUUUGUUAUUAUUAUUUUUUGUUGUUGUUGUCUUUUAACCCUCUGUAAACCAUAUUUAGGCCUAUAUAAAUAAAAGUUUCAUUUAAGUUUCAUCUGCUGUUUUCAGGGAAAACACUCGUGCAAAAGCAGAAAGUCCAGAAAAAGAGACUGAAUCUGAAGGCUAACUUUCAUAAAAGUUUCAUCUGCUGUUUUCAGGGAAAACACUCGUGCAAAAGCAGAAAGUCCAGAAAAAGAGACUGAAUCUGAAGGCUAACUUCAGA